UCUGGGAGGGUUCAUGUUCUGUGGAGGUAAAUUUUGCAGUCUCAGCUGGAAACGUGGUGCUGGCUUCCGGCAGAUCUAAACACUGGGGUCGUGUUAAAUUAAAUUAGAUCAUUCACAGCCUGAGAGCUGGAUCUGCCUGGGUCAUCUGUGUCAAUACCAGCUGGACCUGGUUUUUGCUCUCAUCAUAGUUUGAGCUGCCGCACAUUUGUAUUGCCAAUACCUAUGUGCAAGCAUUAGGUUCCAGAGUUAACAGGCUGGGAGCUGAACCAGGCACUCUCCGAGCCAUCGUUUCAGGCUGCCUGCAGACUCAGGCACGUGUUGCUGGGCUGUUUUUUGGCAAACGGGUCGGCUAGAACUGGGAUCUUCGCUUUCGAUGCCUGUGGAGAUUCUGGAACCCAAUCCUGGGUCCAGGGGACCCCCAGGGCGCCCCCCCGCAGAUCACAGCCCAGCUGUCUCUCUUCCCCUCAGGCAGGUGUCAUCUUUUAAGCAGAAGAUCGCAGGCAAGUCUCCCCCCACGGAGAAGUUUGCCAUCCGGAAAGCCCGGCGUUAUAAGGGCAGCCGCCCGGUCCCUUUGCCGGUGCCAGCCCUGGAGAUGAUGUACAUGUGGAACGGCUUCACCGUGCUGGGCAAGCAGCGGGAGCUGCUGGAGGGGACGCUGGAGACACUGACGCAGGCCGAGAAGAAGCUGCAAGAGUCGCCAGCCAGCGAGUACCAGACGGACGACCGGUGCCUCCUGCUGCUGCUCAGGGGGCUUUGCAUGAAGCACCUGCAGAGCCCGGCCGAGGCGGAGGCCUGCUUCAGCGCCGUGCAGGGCAGUGAGAAGCGGCUCCGCUACGAUCACUACCUGGUGCCCAACGCGCUGCUGGAGCUUGGCCUGCUGCACCUGGCGCAGGGCCGGAGUGAGGCGGCCAUCCCGCUGCUGCGCCGAGCCAGGAACAACUACAAGAACUAUUCCAUGGAGUCCCGGACGCUCUUCCGGAUCCACGCGGUUCUGUCCCGGCUCAGGGCUGACCAGGAGGAGAACGGCAUGGAAGGACCUAGCUCCUCCUAAAGAACUGCCCCCCCCCAGGCAAGAAGGGGGGGGGCCGCGGGACUCGUGGGGGGUGGCAUCACCUGUCCAGCCCCUACCGAAGGGAACCUGCACUUUCAAUGAAGCCAAAUUGACUUAACCCUUCCUGCGCCGCUCUGCUCCCCAGAGCGACGUCUUUGUCAGCAAAGGCGGAGUCUGGAGGGGGGGGGCAUCUGUGGGCGUGUGCCCACAGCACCAGGGGGUACCACUGUGAUAAAUAAGGGGCGGGGAGGCAGAGCUGGACCCUGAGGGAGAGUGCCGCAGGAUGAGCCGUCCCUUUAAAGCUGAACCCAAAUACCCUUAAAGGGCCAGCUCACCCUGCGAUGCCCACCCAAUUCCUAGUUUCCUAGGAUAAGGGCUAACCACGCCCCCCUCUGCCCCCCCAACACUUUCAUUAAACUAAGUUGCGACUAGUCGCUUGUGGAGGUGCCGAUCGCUGUACGGAGCACGGUAAGUGCUGUGCUGUUUGUUCCCUUGCUGGUUUCCCUGGUCCAGCUGCAACCUCCGUAGCCACAGGUCCCUCGGCCCUCCACGGUCCCCCCCCACCCCCCGGUUCUGGUCCCCCGGGACCAGCUGGCUCCAUCCCCCCGUGUAGGAAUUGGAGACACGGGGGAAAGAUCCCUCCAGCUCCGCCCUGACCCAGUGCCUUGCCAAGAGCUGGACGGGGGGUCUCUUGCCGUCAUCGCUGAGAUCCUGUUUGGGGACGAUCCUGGGGACCCGGGACCUGUCGCUGCCUCCAGCGCUGGCAGGCGAUUUUUUUAAACGCAGCGGUGGCCUUGUUUUUAUAUUUCCGCCUCUUCUCUUUUGGUCCGGAAAUUCAGGUCUCCCGCGAAGGCCGUGGGCUCAGGAGUCUUGUAGUUAAAAGGGCCGAAUCCUACGGCCGGUUCUUAGUGUGUUUUUAAUAAGGUGGGCAGCCUCUGAUCCAAGUUCCCCUUUGACAAAUGGGGAAACUGAGGCAACAUGGCCUGCAACUUUGAACCACGGACGCCAAAUGGGGAACCUGGGACUCGAAUGCAGAUCUCUUGCGGCUGGGUGCUUUUAGGUAGAAAAUCCUCUGUCACCAUUUCACUCAGUCCACUCUGGCCUUGUCUAGAUUAAAGUCCCACCGGCUACACUUUGAUCUGAGCUAGCGAAAUCAGCGCGAGAGACUCCGGUUUAAGCUGGGUUUCUUUGGGUUUCGUUGAGCGGCUUGUCUAAACACAGAAGUUGGGCAACUUUAACCGACAUUGGUUUAGUACAACCGGUGCAUCUUUGUGUGUAGAUGCUCUGGGAUGGAAUAAAGGGGGAUCCCCACAAUGCACAGCAGCUGCCCCACAAGCCAUGUGGCCGCGGGAGGAUGCUGGGAUGCGUACCCAUGAUGCACUGGGCUGUUUGCCAAGAGAGCUCUGCUGGGCGGGCGAGGCGCUGGCAGAAAGGUGUGAGGUUGAAUGCACUCGAGUGGGGAGGUGCCCGUCCAGGAGCUUGUGCUGGUUUCACGACAGAUCUGAAAUGCACGUCGUUAUCCCGGUGCAGUUUUCAGCGCAGACAGACCCUCAGUGAAACAGAUGCAACUGUCCAUGUAAUCGGGCCUGAGUUCAUUAGGGACAGAUUUAAGCUAAACCAAAAUAAGCGUCCACAGGGGCUUGCGUUGGUUGAAUUGAAUCAGUUGCUUUUAAACCCAGUCACAGCUACAAGGGUGCACGUUCGAAUAGACAGGCCCUGGUAGGGACAGUGCUGCUACUGGGGCCAGAGCAAGGAGUGCACGAUUUCCCCGUGACAAGGAGACAGCUGGUUUUACCCCCACUCCACGUGUGAAUGUCUAACCCCAGAACAGAGCUAGCGGGAGAAGAAACACCCAUCGCAAGGUGGCUGUAGUGAAGGGGUGAUGGGACUUUCUUUACAUGAACAAUUGGUUAAGUGAUGGACGUUUGGGAUCUGUGCGGAGGAAUCUUCUUUUAAAAUCGAAUUGGGCUCCGGCGAGAAUUUGAAUACAUUUUAAUUCUGGAGGCGAUGUUAAAAAAAAAAUAAAGAUGUUUAAUUUGUA